AUGGCAAGAAAAGUGAGCCAUGCGCUGGAUAUGCCUCUGCACUGGAAAUUACCAAGGGUGGAAGCUAUAUGGUACAUCGAUACCUACGAGCAAGAACAGAACAUGAUUCCAAGUUUGCUGAAGUUAGCCAAGCUGCAAUACAACAUCGUCCAAUCAGUUCAUCAAAAGGAAGUCAGCAAACUAGCAAGUUGGUGGACAGACAUUGGUUUAGACAAGAUGACCUUCGCCAGAGACAGGUUAGUUGAACAUUAUUUCUGGUGCAAUGGAAUGGUUUCAGAUCCUGAAUAUAGUGCUUUUCGAGACAUGGGAACCAAAGUGAUUUGCUUGAUAACAACAAUUGAUGAUGUGUAUGAUGUAUAUGGCACUUUAGAAGAGCUGGAGCUUUUUACAGAUUAUGUUGACAGAUGGGAUAUUACUGAAAUUGACAAGUUGCCUAUGAACAUAAAGACUGUUCUUCUUGCCAUGUUUAAUACAACAAAUCAAAUAGGAUACUGGACUAUGAGAGAACGGGAUUUCAACAUCAUACCUUACUUGAGUAAACAAUGUGCAGAUCUCUGUAAAGCUUAUCUUAAAGAAGCAAGGUGGUAUCACUCUGGAAAAAAGCCGACAUUGGAUGAGUAUCUUAAGAACGCCGUGGUUUCAAUUGCUGCUCCAAUCAUGUUGUUCUGUGCUUACUUCCUCACGGCUGAUAAGAUUACUGUGGAGGCAUUGGAGUACAUAGACAAGCUUCCGAGUAUCAUGUGGUGCCCCUCCAUGAUUCUUCGACUCACAAACGAUCUGGGAACAUCAUCUGAUGAGUUGACACGAGGAGAUAAUCUGAAGGCGGUCCAGUGCUACAUGAAUGAUAGCGGUGAAAGUGAAGAAGUGGCCAGGAAAUAUGUUGAUAAUUUAGUGCACGAGACAUGGAAGAUUCUGAACAAAGAUUUGCUUGGAAGCUAUCCUUUCGGUGAACCAUUUCUCACCGCCAAUCCGAAUCUUGCUCGAACAACUCAAACCUUUUAUCAGUACGGAGAUGGACAUGGCAUCCCUCAGCACUGGACUAAAGACCACUUGAAAUCAUUGUUGGUGGAACCUUUUGCUCUUAGCGAGUGAUGAAACAACAGUUUGGCUACUGCAACUCUGCAAGACUAUUAUGAAUAAGAGAGCAGAUUUAUAUAUUUUCAUUCAGUACUGGUGUGUGCAAGUAAAUGGCGUCAUGUCAUAUUGGAUGCCAUUAUGUAUGACAACUUGUAAUUCGGCCAGCUUAUACUGUUUAUCAUUCCCUAAUCCCUACCGUAUAACUGGGGAUCGUAAUGGACUCGGGUGUCCGUGUCAAAGUUUAUAUCCGAUUUGAAAAU